ACGAAAACCAAACAAAUGCGCAUUGCGCACCCCUCCUACCGUUCUCUCAUAUCAGUAGCUAGAAGAACAAGUGCCCACCAAUAUCUUUGUUUCACUCCCCCUUCCAUUUCAAACCUCUCUAAACCGGUCUUUCUUCUCCCACUGCCGUGUUCGUCUUUGCAACAACGACGUGUCGUUUCGACCUCCAUGGCCUCCGAUGACGUUUCCACUUUGUCCGCCGACGAGGAUAAGUACGGCUUCAGCCGCCCGGAGAUGUACCAGAGCAACUUAGCUGGUACCGUCGACGCCUACGACCGCCACGUCUUCCUUUGCCACAAGAACCCCGAGGCCUGGGCCUCCCGUGUCGAAGAUUCUGAGUCCGAUCCGCUUCCGAAGCUCCUCUCCUCGGCUCUCAAAGCUCGCAAGAACGAUAUCACUCUCAAGACGAGGUUGACGAUCUGUGAGGGACGCGAGGGGACCGAGUUUUCGGACGGGGAUGUGCUGAUUUUCCCUGAAAUGGUCAAAUACAGGUCUUUGAAGGAUUCAGAUGUAGAUAGCUUUGUCGAAGAUGUCCUUGUUAAUGGCCUGACAUGGACGUCAAGAGUUCAGGAGGUCUUAACUGGAUCAUUUGUGUUUGUCUGCUCUCAUGGCAAUCGAGAUAAAAGAUGUGGUGUAUGUGGACCAGUUCUUAUUGAAAAGUUUAAAGAGGAGAUUAAGUCGAGGGGGCUUAGCUAUCAGGUCGUUGUUAAUGCAUGCUCUCACAUUGGAGGUCAUAAAUAUGCUGGGAACUUGAUCAUCUACAGUCCAGGUCUUGAUGGAAAGGUUACUGGUCAUUGGUAUGGCUAUGUCACUCCCGAGGAUGUGCCUGAAUUGCUUGAUCAACAUAUUGCAAAAGGCGAGAUUAUAGAACGGCUUUGGAGGGGUCAAAUGGGGGUGUCUGCCGAGGAAGGUGAAAAAGCAAAUGACCAGAAGCUUCCAAAUGGAGUUGACAAAAUUAAGGAGAAAGAAAGCGAAACACAGGACACUAAGGAAACUUUUGCAGGUUGUUGCCAGGGUGCUAAUGGCGGGGUUACUUGUUGCAGAGAUGGAAGUUUGGAACAGAGUGAUAAAAGUGAAGAAAAGAAGGUAGAAGCUUGCAGCAAAGCGGGGUCUGGCUGCAAACUGUCAAGCUGGUUUAGAAAAUUGGAUCAAGCGGACGUGUUUACUGCCGCCGCUGUGGUCAGUGCGGUAGCAACAGUGGUGGUGGCCUAUGGCUUUUUCAAAAGGUCAAACUGAAAUAUAUUACUAUGAUCCAUGGCUUCCAGUUUGGGCGCAGCAUUGUAUCCUGGUUUUUUGUAGGGAGGUGGUACGACAUCAAUAAAAGUAUACUGUUUCACGACCUUAUGUUAAAGGAGAUGAUUUUAUAAACAUGUUCCUUUUAGCAUAAUCAGAUGAAUAAUUGUAGCUCUAUGCAUGUUCACAGAUGCUUGUUACCCGCCCGUUUACUUAAUUUGUCAUGUUAAAAUUUGUUUGUUUGGUUAAAGGUGAAAGGUUUUUUUUUUUGGUUUUUUUAAAUAUGUAUUCAUUAGUCUGCUUGCUUAAUAAUGUGGCAUUAGCAGUAACAUUCAUUUUGUUUUUAUUGUCUCAGUGUGUAGAAACUACAAAAUUGAACUAUAUAGACCAUAAAAUACUUUUUAACA